AUGGCGAAAUCUCCAGAAGAGCUGAACCAAUUAGCUCGUCGACUCAAAUCUUUCCAUGUCUCUGGUCAGCCCCUGAUCCUGACCAAUGUCUACGAUGCAUGUACUGCUAAGUUAAUAUCCUCGCUUCCCUCGACCAGGGCCGUCGCGACCGCUUCGUAUGCGAUAGCCUCCAGCAUUGGCAUUGAUGAUGAAAACACGAUGUCUCUCAGAGAUAAUCUUGUUGGUGUCAAACGGGUGGCCACUGGUCUCCGCAACGCUGGGAAAGCCGAGUCAUUGCCACUGUCCGCGGACUUGCAGGAUGGCUACAGCGACCCUGCAGAGUCUAUUAAGCAGGUUAUCGAAAUAGGAGUGGUAGGCUGCAAUAUCGAGGACGUUGAUAAUAGUGUUCAACCGCCAAAAUUGAGAACGCUUGAGGAGGCCAAGAGUCGUAUCGCGGAUGCUGUCAGAGGGGCAAAGGAAGCCGGAGUUCCGGAUUUCGUGGUGAACGCUCGCACCGAUGUGCUGGGUUUCGGGGGCACAAUCGACGAUGUAGUGGAGCGCGGGCACGCCUAUCUCAAAGCGGGGGCGACAACCGUGUUUGUCUGGGGAGUUAUGAAGAGAGUUAUCACAGAGAAAGAAGUAAGAGAUCUGGUAGAGAGGCUGGACGGGAAGUUGGCCGUGCUUGCCCAAGGGUUGCCAAUCGAGACGCUCCAGCAGUGCGGCGUUAGUAGGAUUUCGAUCGGCCCUACGCUGUUGAUGAAAGCUCUCAACCUUGUGGAGAGAGAAGCCAUGGCCAUCUUGGAGGGGAAAGAGUGGUCAAUGGGGUGA